AUGCCAAGGUGGCAAAUAGGUGGCUCAUCCAGUAGCAGUAAUUGCGAGAACUCGCAUUGUAGUACCAGUGCCAAAAUUGCUGAAAACAACUCUGAUCUCAGCAUCAAUACGUCAGAUUAUUCAGCUUCAAUAUCAAGUGCAAUGCUUGGGGAAACCGUUGAAAAUGUGCUACGCUAUUUGGAUGAUUGCAUAAAUGGAGGUACGUCAACAGAAGAGAUUAGUUCACCGUCGUUUGAAGAAUAUUCUUCUGAAACCGAGGAAACAAGUGGUGAUGAAAGUUCGAACCUAUCGUUAGAAUUACUAAAAACUAAAAAUUGGAUGUUACAACAAACUAAGGAUCAACUUUUGAAAGCAAUUGCUUACCAUGAAAAGCAAAACAGGUUAACUUUGAGCAAAGAGAGGCUGGAAGCCGAAAAAUUACUUCUUAUAACAGACGCGAAACUACAAUCUCUUUCUUGCGAACCUAAAGAACUUGCACGUGUUGAAAAUGAAAGCUGGUUUUGCUCAGGAGACAUCGAAAUUUCCAAUAUGCAGGUGUUUCCUAAAGGGUCCAAAGAUCAACAUUUUGUAUGUCUGAUAAUUGUCGGGUCCAAGGUAUUUGCUGCUGAAGCAGAGAAAAAGAAAUGGAAAGGAUGUGUUUACUUUAACGCAAAAUUCAAGCUACCUAAUUUACAACCCAAUUUUAAGUUGAAGCUUCAAAUAUACUCGGCUUCUUCGAAGGAUUUUAAAAAAAAUAGCCUAUUAUCACAAGCUUUUUGUGAUUACCCUAGCUACGAGAGUGAAGUCCCUUAUCGAAAAUCAGUUUUUUCGCUUUGGGGAGAAGAGGACAUCGAGUUAUGUCAUUUGACGAAAUCUGGCAAUCUACAAAUACAAAUGGGUUCCGGACUUUUUGCAGCUUUUAUCUCCAGUCGUGUGAAUAUUAAUAUGAAAUUAUAUGGAUUUGUAAACGUAAGCAAAACUUGGAAAAAUUAUCUUUCUUGGGAUAGAAAGUUUUGUUACUUCAUCGAUGGAGUUUUGAAUUAUUACAACUAUCCGCCAAAUGACCUGAACAAGGACACACCAACGGAUGUUAUAAACGUAGAAACCUGUGAGUUAACAAUUCCAUCAAGGGAAGAGUGUUGUAGGAAACGCACCAUUUGUUUAAAAGUAAAUGGAAGUGACAGCGUUCUGAUGUGUUUUGAAACGCAACAGGAGUUUGAAUAUUGGGCUAAGUAUCUGAAUAUUGCAGUGUCACAAAUAAAAAUGUGGAACAAAAUUUGA